GAUAGUCGCAUUUCGCCCAGUUGAGCGCUGGCAUCGAAGUCGAAAGGUCUUGCCACACAAUGCUGAGCCGUUCUCUUAUCUUAGCCAGCUGCUGCCUGCUGGCCCUGCCCGCUGUUUGGGGCUACUUCGAGGGCUGCGAUAACUCCUAUAAUCUGCAGGCGGGCACCACCUACCUGGAAUCGCCCUACUACCCCAGUAACUAUCCGGCUAGCACUUCGUGUCGCUACCACUUCAAGGCCCCCCUAGACCACUCUAUCAGCAUACAGUGCAACAUUAAUUUGCCAUCGAGCAAUGGCCAGUGCCCCACGGACAACUUCUGGGUGGACAGUGAGGGCGAUUUGUUGAUGCGCACCGCUGAGAACUUCUGUGGCAGCGGCAGCUUUAACCGUGAAUCGCUCUUCACUGAGCUGACCCUCGCCUACAUCUCGACGAGCAGCAGCACGGGCCAAUUCAAGUGCCAGCUGACUGUCAGGAAACAAAACUGCGCCUGUGGCUGGUCAGCAUCGCCGCGCAUCUCGAACGGCCAGAAUGCCGCGCAGAAUGAAUAUCCCAGCAUAGCAGCACUCAAGGACAUCAGCAACAACUUGCCCACUUUCUGUGGCGGCACGAUUGUCUCCCAUCGUCACAUUGUGACUGCUGCUCACUGCACUCUGCAGAUCAGCCAGAUCACCAACAUUGUGGCUAUAGUUGGCACCAACAAUCUGCAAAAUCCGAGCAGCUCCAUGUACUACGCCCAAUAUGCCAUACAGCAGAUGCUGCGCCAUCCGCAAUACCAAAACGAGCCGAAUGUUGUGAAUGACAUCGCCCUGCUGAUCACAGCGCAGAACAUUAAGUGGACACGUGGCGUGGGUCCCAUCUGCUUGCCACCUGUUGGCACUUCCAGUAGCUUUGCCUAUGAGGGCGUCGAUGUAAUUGGCUGGGGCACAACCUACUUUGCCGGCCCCACCGCCAACCUGCUGCAGAAGGUGGAUCUUAUGGUUGCGAGCAAUUCGGACUGCCAGACGGACUACAAUAACUAUGCCGUAAUCAACUCUGGCCAAAUAUGCACCUACGACUACCUGGGCCAGAAGCGCGACUCCUGCCAGUACGAUUCCGGCGGCCCGGUCAUCAAGCGGCUCUCCAGGCAAUUCCUUGUGGGCAUCAUCAGUUUCGGCAAGACCUGCGCCUCAGCCUCCUACGCAAUGGGCGUGAACACACGCGUCACAGCAUACGUCAACUGGAUACGCCAGAACACUGGACUUACCACUUGUGUGGUUUCCAUGCAAUAUGAUCAGAACUGCUUCCCAAAUAAGAGCAAGUGCAGUCUCUGUUUAAGAUACUUGAGAUCAUAUGCCGUCAGAAUGUUGGGGUUGCCAUCAGCCAGUUCGAUUCUACUGCUGCUGCCACUGCUGCUUACGCUAGCAGAUGCGCAGAGCUGCAACUGGCAGUACAAUCUGCAGACCAACCAGCCCAUCAAUAUAACCAGCGCCAAUUUUCCGAGAGCUCUGCCGGCGGGCAGCAACUGCCGUUACCUGCUGAAAGCACCGCCCAAUCAUGUGAUCCACGUGAACUGUCGCUUCGAAGUGUAUCCCGACAUCUGUCAGUCCAAGAUUCUGUUCAUCUCUCGAGACGGAGACUUUCAAUUCCGCGAAGCGGAACGCUUUUGCCGCAUGGGUCAAGUGACUCGCACCUCCAACUACCAGAGCCUCGCCUUGGCCUACCAGUCGACCAGUGCCGCCACCCAGCAGCGGGCCAGGCUCAGCUGCCAGGCGGUGGCACAGCGAGUGCCCUGCGACUGCGGCUGGUCCCAGCCGACGCGCAUCACCAACGGCGUUGAGGCCACCAAGCACGAGUUUCCCUCGACCGUGGGCCUACGCGACAUUAGCUCCAAUCAGCCCAUUUUCUGUGGCGGCAGCAUUGUCAGUGAUCGCUUCAUAGUCACCGCAGCGCACUGCAUGGCCCAGCGAUCGCCCAGUCGUAUUUUGGCUCUAGCCGGGGAUCACGAUCUCACCAGUGCCAGCGAGUCGAUAUUCUCUCUUCAAUACGCCAUACAAAGCAUUAUCACUCAUCCAGGCUACAGCAGCAUUGGCGACUCCAAUGACAUCGCUCUGCUCCGCACGGCCACAACUAUCGAAUUUUCACGCGGCGUGGCGCCCAUCUGUCUGCCUUUUGGACAAACACAACAAGCGGAAACCUACGAGAUUGUCGAUAUCGCUGGCUGGGGUACUCUGGGCUUUGGCAUGUCCAAAUCGAAUACACUGCAAAAGGCCAGCCUGAUGACCAUUGCGAAUGCCGACUGCAGUGCACGCUAUAAUCUGACCGUAGCCAGCAGUCAGGUGUGCACCUACGACUACUUGGGACUGGGCCAAGACUCCUGCCAGUACGAUUCAGGCGGCCCGGUGAUCAUGCGUCAGCGAUCCCGCCUGUUUCUGCUCGGCAUCAUCAGCUAUGGACGCGCCUGUGGCCAGCGCUAUGGCAUCGGAGUCAACACCCGCAUCUCGGGCCAUCUGGACUGGCUGUGGCGCUACUUGGGCGGUACGGUGUGUGCCCGGUAGGACGGCUGGUGUUUAUUGACUGCAAUGUGAUAGGAUGGCAGUUGUUGUCAGAAGCUUGACAAUUGCUAGACAGCUCU